UAUUAGGCGGCGCGAGGCGGCCGGCAUGGAGCUCUCUGAGGCGCGGCAGGGACCGGUGUGCCGCCUCGCGACCGCAGUGGCAGCCCCAAUUACCUUAAGCCGCUGCUCCCUGCUCUGGGUCCCCGGCCCCUAGACGCCUCUUCCUGAGUUUGUCCUUCCUUUAAUGGAUUCAUUUCAGGCUGAACAGAUGCCGAGCUUGCCCGCUGAGCUCGCGAGCAACAACUUAGAGCUGGCGGAGCCGGCGGCAUCAGUGACCCGUGUAGAUUCGGGCCACCCGGAGGCGGCUACAGAAGGUCUCGCACCUCUACCGAUGCGGGAGCCGGAGCAGCCUCCUCCGGCCUCGACGACGGAGAGUAAAGUCCUGCUCACACAGGCAGACGCCCUGGCGUCCGGGGGGCACCUCCGGGAAGCCCUUGAGGUAUACCGACAGCUGUCGGAGCGGCAGCAGCUGGUGGCAGAGCAACUGCAGCAGCUGGUGCGCUGCCUGGCUGAGAACAUCCCGUCAGGAGAGGCGCGGGCGCCAGUGCCCACGGUCGGGGGCAGCGGAGCGAGCUGUGUGGUGGGGGCGGAAGAGGCAGGGGUGGCCACAGCCGCCGAGGCCACCGAGUUAUGGGAUGGCUUCAAGUGCCGGAAGUGUCAUGGGUUUCUGUGGGACCCCGUGUCCUUGUCGUGCGGCCACACCUUUUGUAAAGUGUGCCUGGAACGCGGGCGGGCAGCCGACAGGCGCUGUGCGUUGUGCGGGGUCAAGCUCUCCACAUUGAUGGUGGCCACCGGGCGGGCGCGCGGAGCCCGGCGGGCUGGGCAGCAGGCGCCGCCGCCGCCGCCGCUGCGGGUCAAUGUGGUGCUCAGCGGUCUCCUCAGCAAGUUGUUCCCUGCUCGAGCUCGGGCGUCGCAACUCCGGCACGAGGGCAACCGGCUGUACCGCGAGCGCCAGGUGGAGGCGGCACUACUCAAGUACAACGAAGCGGUUAAACUAGCACCAAAUGACCAUUUACUUUAUAGCAACCGGUCACAAAUUUAUUUCACCUUGGAGUCUCAUGAGGAUGCACUGCAUGAUGCAGAAAUAGCAUGUAAGCUCCGCCCAAUGGGCUUUAAGGCACACUUCAGAAAGGCGCAAGCCUUGGCCACCCUAGGCAAGGUGGAGGAAGCACUAAAAGAGUUUCUAUACUGCGUUUCACUGGAUGGAAAGAGCAGGAGAGCAAGAUCUGAAGCCCAAAGGCUUCUCCUUAGUUUCUUUUCACCAUCAGUCCCGGGGCAGUCUCAGGAACAUUCUCUCGAUAUCCUGAAGCUGUUGGCACCUCAGCUUAGAUUAAAGGAACAAGUAGAGUCAUUGGCUACUGAAGGCGACAGCCAUAAUCUACCAAAGUUGUCACAGGAAAACGAGGAACGCCCCCAUUGUUCUAGACAGGAGGAAGGAGCAGCCAGUGGGGACUGCAACAUUCAGAUGAAUCCUGCGGAAGUAAAGGGUCAUGGGCAGCAAGGCACCAUGAAAGACCAGGAAGAAGAGGAGGAGAAGGAUUACCCUGCCUCUCCAGAAGCUGCCUCCAGCCAGACUGGCAAAAGCCAGGAAAAGAAAAGGAAACAUUUUCAAGUUGAAUCCAAAGACCCAGACGUUCCUACUAAAGUCUGUAAGCCAGAAUCUCCUCCUGAUUUGGGGGAUUUGCCUGCUGUCAGUAUUCCACUCCCAUCUUUUGACGCAACCGACCUUGAAUGUGCCCUAUGUAUGAGAUUAUUCUAUGAGCCAGUCACAACACCGUGUGGACACACAUUUUGUUUGAAAUGUCUUGAGAGAUGCCUAGACCACAAUGCGAAAUGUCCACUGUGCAAAGAUGGUCUUUCACAGUGCUUGGCAUCAAGAAAGUACAGCAAAAAUGUCAUAAUGGAAGAGCUAAUAGCCAAAUUCCUUCCAGAAGAACUCAGUGAACGAAAGAGGCUUUAUGAAGAGGAAAUGGAAGAACUUUCUAACUUAAAUAAGAAUGUGCCUAUUUUCGUGUGUACUAUGGCCUAUCCCACCGUUCCUUGUCCCCUACAUAUAUUUGAGCCUUGCUACCGUCUGAUGAUUCGUAGAUGCAUUGAGACAGGCACAAGACAGUUCGGCAUGUGCCUUGGAGAUCCCGUCAAGGGGUUUGCAGAACAUGGCUGCAUUCUAGAGAUCAGAAAUGUUCAGUUCUUUGCCGAUGGCCGCUCAGUGAUUGACAGCGUAGGCAAGAGGCGCUUCAGGGUCCUUCGUCAGGGCCAGCGGGAUGGAUACAACACAGCCGAUAUUGAAUACAUUGAAGACCAAAAGGUUCUAGGAGAGGAUUGUGCUGAACUCAUGGGAUUACAUAACUGUGUCUAUGAACAAGCAUCAUCAUGGUUUCAUUCGCUCAAAAAUUCUCUUAGGAAUCGGAUAAUCAAUCACUUUGGUCCAAUGCCAGACAAAGAUGCGGAUCCUCAGAUUAACCCAAAUGGUCCAGCCUGGUGCUGGUGGAUAUUAGCAGUUCUGCCGCUGGAAAGCCGUGCUCAGCUUCCGUUCCUAGCAAUGAGGUCCUUGAAGGAUAGACUGAAUGGUAUUCGGCGCAUCCUCGCCUUUAUAGCACGAAACCAAAACUAGUGAGAGUGAAUUGAUGAAAAGGAAAUUUCACCCUCUUGUAAAUAUAUCAAAUUGCAAUUUGAUAUAUUUAGGGGAGUCAUCUUGUAAAUAUAUCAAAUUGCAAUAACAUCUUAACUGAAGGAAGUAUCAAAUAGAGGCAUUACCUUGCUGUUGAUUAUAGAGAGAAAUUCAGUUGAAAGACCAAAGAAUGUGACCUGUUAGAAACUUUCUGUGUUGAGAUACUUCUUGACAUGCUGCACAACUAUACCCACAGCAGAGGUGUUCAAGAGCCCAGAAGAAAAAUGCUUUUGACAUAAAAUUUUCUGAAAGUUUAAAGUGGUUUUGCUUUAAUUCUCUUUCUUUCAUCAGUGAAUGACUGUGUGAUUGAAAUGUGAAGCAAAGAUAGUAAUAAUCUUGCUGCAUUAUUUCACUGACUUGAGGUCCUAUUCCAAAUAGUUCAGGUUUUAUAAAGCAUUGUAUAAAAUAUUUAUACUCCUUUCUGUUUUAAUAAUUUAUUUUUUGCACUACUGUAUCCUUUUUUCUACAUGUAUGUUUGUAACUAUUUAAGUGUGCAUCACUGAAUUCACUUGCUUUAUUUAUUGAUGUAGUUAACCAUGUAACUAGAAGGAAGUAACAAUACUAGAAAUGUGCCAUUUUUGCUUUAACCAUUUUUACUAGGUUUGAUUCCAGUUCUUGAACUAUUUUUGUAUCUCUCUAAUUGGAUGCUUAAAGGAACAAUAUAAAAUACUUAAGGGAUUUGCCAUAGAUUGUAGAAUAAGCCAGGAUAAAGUAAAACCAUCCAGUUUCUAUGUGUUACACAGAGCAAGGCUUAAGGAAUUAUUUUUCUAGAAUGAAGCAAUGAAUCAGAAGAGUGUCCUUUAUUGCAGGCUAUUAUAGGCAUUUAUCUGAGCAAUCUAAUUCUGUGUUUCUUAUCUCUCCCCAGUUCAGUUAGGAAUGGGCUUUUUAGGCAAGAUAAUAUUUAACCCUUCUGAGGGAAUGGUUUUCAGUUAGGAAUGGGCUUUUUAGGCAAGAUAAUAUUUAACCCUUCUGAGGGAAUGAUUUUCAGUUAGGAAUGUCACAGUGAGGCCCAACUAGCCUCCAUACACUGCCUCUUUUCAGGGUUCUGAGGGUCACAUCCUGGGCAGCAUGUGUGGAAAUACUUGAUGAAGGACUGUCCAUUAUGAAAAGUGCAAAGAAGCUGGUAGAAAAGGUAACAUGCUUAAAAAACAACCCAAACUAACAUUUUGGUUUUUUAAAUCUUUUUAAAAGAACCAAAAAGUUAAUUCAUGAUUUUAUCUAGCAAUUGCCUUUCCUCCUAGUUGCAUUGGGCCAAAGAUUUCAAUAUGGGGAAGAAUGGUGGGUAAGGAGUUAAGAGUGAGCCCUGGUUUAGCUUGCUUUAGAGUUAGUGUGGUUCCUUUAGUGCCAGGCCAACCUGAAAAAUGGCAUAUGUAUAGGAGUGUUAUAAUGACAAGAGUGAAAAGAUUAGGGCAGGGAAGAAGUGAAUCAUGCCAUUUGUGCAUUUAAGAAAAUGACCAUCCCCCUCCGCACCGUGAUUCAGAACUGCAGCAGUGCGUUGUUUAUUUGAAGCCUGUCCACUCUUUUAAGGUGAGAGGUUAAUGCCUCAAGUAAUCCCUCUGACUUCUUGCAUCAUCACCUGUGGCCAGAAACAGAAAAGGCAGAAUGAGAUAACCUGCACUUUCUUAAUGGAUGCUAUGUUGUCAGAGCAUCAUGUUACCAGGUUUGAUGUUUGGAGCCAGACUGGGCUGAUGAAGAAUGGAAGGCAGGCAUGGUUACUGCCCAAGCAAAAGCUACCAGACUCCAGGAGCAUAUAUUACAGACUACGCCUCCAACUUGGUACACACCAUGUGGUCAUAACACCGUCCUAGUAUAACAGUUUCCUAUUAUCUAGUGUAAAUGUAACACCCCCCCCAAAAAAAGGGUCAUACGCAUCUCUAUUUGCUAGAUGUGUUACUUUUGUGAUUUCACUUUUCUUCCUGAGCCCCCGUUUCCUCAUCUGGCAAAUAGUAAUGAUAAAUACCACAUAUAAGGUUGUUAUGAACAUCAAAUGAGGUAAUAUAUGUAAACCAAUUAGCAGGAUGCCUAGCAUAUAGGAGACACUCAACAAAUAAUAGAUAUGAUUAGAUUACUCAUUGUUACGGAAUUUCAUCAGGGCCCCAUAUUUGCAGAAAAUUCUACCUUUACACACAAUACCCAUCUCUAGCCCCUUUAAACUCAGUUGCAUCACUGAGUAUUGGACCAUAAUCUGAUGCUUUACAGAUAGUUCCUUUUGGAGUCAAGUCUGUUUUGGAAAGUGAGAAGACUAGGAAACAAAUAAGGCUCAGGGAUAAAGGAGAAUUCUGAGUCGGCACAUUUUUUUUUUUUAUUUCAAUGGAGCUAAAAGGUAGUAUUGUUUGGAGGUCUAAAAUUUCUAAUUAAAUGGAAGCCUUAAGUUUUAGCUCCAUUAGAAUAACCAACUCAUCACUCCCUGCUCUCCAAAAUGUAUUUAAAAUCUUGGCCAUGCCAGGGUGAGUGAAUUUUACAAUCUAUGACUUUUGUGCUUAGUUCAUGGUAUUUCUUUUUUUUUAAAUAUAUUUUAUUGAUUUUUUACAGAGAGGAAGGGAGAGGGAUAGAGAGCCAGAAACAUCGAUGAUAGAGAAACAUAGAUCAGCUGCCUCUUGCACACCUCCCACUGGGGAUGUGCCCGCAACCAAGGUACAUGCCCUUGACCAGAAUAGAACCUGGACCUUUCAGUCCGGAGACCGACGCUCUAUCCACUGAGCCAAACCAGCCAGGGCUCAUGGUAUUUCUUUAUGCUGCCCCAACAAAAAUGUAUUGUGAACCCACUAUGUACCAGGUACUGAGCCAGGUGGUUUCACAUACAUGAGCCUGUUAAGUCAUUUUAUUUCUCACAUCCACCCUGUGAGAUCACAUUGUCUCCAGAUUGGAUGAGAAAGCUGAGGCUCGGCAAUGUUAAAUACAUUGCCUAAGUAACAUAGUCAGCCAGUAAGUAGCCAAGCUUGUUAUUGAACCUAUUACUUUGCAGAUUUUUAACAUUUUAAAUAGUUUGUGUUAUACAUAAUUUUAUUAAAUAGACAUGACAAUCAACUCAAAAGCACCCCAGAAACUCUCAGUGAGAAGUUGCAGGUUAAGUAAAAUUAAAUUACCCAACAUAUCUCUACUUAAUCUAGGUAGAAAGGGAAGUUUGAAUUGUUAAAAUAAAAUUCCACACCAUAGAAUGCUUCAUGUUGAGUGAGUAUGUAACUCCAGCAAAUGUAGAUCUUGGCAAGGAAAGAUUUUACUUUGCUCUCAGUAGCUUAGAUACACAUUUGGGUGGUUUUACAGCAAGCUUUUGUUUUAGUGGUGGGAGGCAGGAAGCAAGGCUCAGCCUUGGCUUUCUUUGGGAGGUACUUGAAUGGGGUAAUUAGUUAGACGUGACCAUUUUCACCUCUUAUGCAUUGAUUUUGCAGCAAAGCUUAGGAAUGAAGAUUAUACAGAGACAUAAAGCUAAGUUUAGCCAGGAGGACAAGACUUCUCCUUGGUAGACAGUGCCAUUUAUUUGGUUAGGUUUUCCUGUCUAUCGGACCCAAUCUUUUUCUACUAGAUUGGUGUGUGUGUGUGUGUACACUAGGUACCAGGCAGACAUGCCUUUCUGCUUUGUACUAUAUUACUGCUGCUAGCUAACAAACAGCAAAAUGUAGAAAAUGGAAUCCGAUAAAGUUAAUUUUUGGUAGACAACUCAGAAAAAAAAAGAGUGAUUACCCCUGACUUAGGGGGGCAGGGAACUAAGUAUUUCAACAAUUUGCCUUUCCUGAAAUCUGACUGCUUGUAGAUCUGUGGGGCUAGUCAAGUCACUGCACAUGUGGCACUUCCAGCUCUGCCUGUAGAGCUUGCCUGGGCUCAGAUAAACCCCUGUGACUGGCUAUUGGAGCAAUGGAGCUCCCGAGGCUGGCUCACAGCACCCAGAGGUCUCUGAACUGUCAACAGGUUGCACACUGUUGAUGGGCUGGAAUCCACUGGGAACUGUGAUUCCCUAGGCCAACUCUAUUUCCAAGAUGGAGUUUUUUUCAGGGACUUAUUCCUUGAGUUCUCAACAUGCUGACUUUGCAUCCAUUCUCGUUUACCAAGGCAGAAUAAUAGCAGAGGUAUGGGUCAUCUAAACAUGCAAAUGGAAAGCAGCUGAAAUAAUGGACAAGGACAGAUUUUUCAGCCUGUUCUCCAGCUUGUGGAUUUUUUCCCCUGAAUUAAAAAAAUACAUAUAAUAGUAAUGGUUAGAAUAUUCAAAUUUUUUUUUACAGGCAGAAUUUUUUUGUUGAGGUUUUAAUUCAUGAUCAAAGACAGAUCUGAAAAGCAGCUGGCUGCCUGGGCUGCAAUUUGUGGCCCUCCCUGAAUGCAGAGAGGAAGAAGGAAAAAGAGCUGUGUAAAAUGUAUGUGUUCAAUUCCUCCUAGAAUGAUAGCUCCUGCCAUUCAACUAUUUUAUAAUCUGGGUUUUGCACAUCCAGAGGUGAAAUGAAGACAUUUUCACUAACAAUUGGGUAUUUGCAAAUGCACUAAGUUUACCUUGAGUGAUAAGUGCCUGUAAUAUCUGUUCCUGGUGUCAUUUUGAAGAUUUGCCUCAUGAUUUUGUAGCCUUUUAAAAAUUUGUCACAGCAGAUGUGAUAAACAAGUUUACAAAGCAACACUGUAGCUUAUACAUCAUUUAAAAAGUUGUUUAACAGGCAUCUAUUGUCAAUACAACAACAAUAAACAAAAGGAGAGCAAAUAGGUCAACGUGGCAUCACAGGCUUAUCUUAGAUAAACUGGUUCCAUCAUUUUAUGCAAUUCUCAGUAAUGCCAGGAGUAAAAUAUCAAGCAACCCAUUGAAACAUUGGCAAAAAUGUCUGUUUGUUAUUCCAGUUGUUUGUUGAGCAGCUAUUUUACUCUCAUACUGUAAUGAAAUGAAAGAGGAAUUAAGAUAAUGCUUUUUUUCUGCCAUAUUGCUAUUCAACUACCUCUUUAUGCUUGAUUUCUCUUUAGGAUUUUCUUUCCUCCAAAUCUGUGCAAAGAAAAGUUUUGGCUCAUCUAAGUUGCAAUAACAAUGUAAUAUAUACAGUCUCUGUAAAAGCUGUUUAUUCAUUAAAAAAUGUUUUCUAUUGUC